AUGGUGUACUGCGGGAGAGCUAGCAGAGCUUGCUCUAAUUGUCGGCUGAGAAGAAUCAGGUGCAACCUAGUCGAACCCGCAUGUAUGCAGUGCUUGAGGGCCGGCAAAAUUUGUCCAGGAUACCGGGACCAGCUGUCCCUCUUGUUUCGCGACGAGAGCGCGAAGGUCAUUAAAAAAGCACGUAGCCUUGAAAUUCCACGCAGGUGUCGCGAAACUCGCCAGAACGAAGAGAGACCGAAGAAGAGCCUUGAUGUUUCUGUUCUCCUGCCUUCCAAUGACUCUUCAAUCUUAGGGAGUCUCUCACUUCAUUCUCUCCUCUCCUCGACGAGCUUAGAAGAUUUGGGCAUCACUUUCCUCACCUGCUAUGUGGCUGUCAUUUCGCCCUUUGCGACGGCUCAAUCAAGUGCCUCUUCAUCCCCUCUGUUUACCAGCAAAGCAUCCGUCGACGCAGUGUCCUGUGUAGGUCUGGCAGGCCUCUCCAACGUGACUAACAAUCAAGACCUUAUGAUGAUUGCACAGCACAAAUACGCAGCAACGAUACGGCAUGUCGGGGCAGCCCUUCAAGAACCUGUCAGUGCUGAUCUGGAUGACACAUUCAGAGCGGUGAUAAUGCUGGCUCUAUUUGAAGUAGUUAAUUGUACUUCGCAGUCGGGGAAGGCAUGGGGCCUACAUGUUGAUGGUGCAGCAGCAUUACUGAGAACGAUAGCCUCAAAACAGCCUCCGCGCCAGCCAGGUCUUCGAAUGCAACUACAUUUUUGUUUCUUAGCUUUUAUUCGAUACCUUCAAAGCGGGCAGAAUGUUCCAGCAAGCUUUUCUGAAUGGUCUCGAUAUUGCCGAGACUCUCAGUGUCCCGCAGACUACCCGGCAGCGUCUCUUGUGGGGAUUGUCAGUCGAUUUGUCGAUUUACACGCAUCCAUCAAAUCAGUACAUACUCCUAAUGCCGAUAUCAUUGUUCGGAAUGCUCUGCUAUGCGAAGCAGAAUUAGAAGAGUGGGAAGCAACGCUUCCUGGACACUGGGGAUAUGGCGCCGCAUCGCCGAGAGAACCAGAAUCCAGGAUGUUCAACGGGCAAUACUAUAUCUACAACGACAUCUGGAUUGGUAGAAUUUUGGAUCACUAUCGGUGGUCGCGCAUCCUCGUGAAUGAAAUGCUGCUAAUAUAUAUUGGGAAAAUCGCGCCACACCCACUGGAAUAUAAUACACAGCGAACGAAAUCUCUUGCAAUAAUUUCCCAAAUGGCCACAGAAAUUUGCGUUAGCGUUUCUGGUCAGCUUUAUUGUAACACUCUCCCGAUAUCAAAGAUUAGAUUGGUCCCGGCUACAUCUGGCUUCUUUUUGCUUUUAUUUGCUGUGGCAGUUGCAGGAAGCUCAUUUGGUGUAUCUGAGGAGUUGCAUGGCUGGGUUGCCAAGUUGCUAGAGGAGAUUGGGCAUAAAAUGGGUAUUAGAAGGGCUCUAAUGUUGGUACCUGCGAUGAAGAAGCAGCGAGAACGUUGGGCACAAGAUGUCGAAGCAUUACCCCACCAUGCUAUGGUUGGUAUAGCCAGGGAACGGGCAGUAUGGGACAGGGAACUCUUUUAA